AGAUUAAUUAGCCGGGAGGAGGACCAUACUAUUAUUGAUCUUGAGCAUCGCUGGAAGAUAUGAACUGGACAUCCGAUCUGGGAUUGUUUGUUGGCUUGUGAUCUAGAUUCAUCUUACAUCUUUGAAAAUCCUAGCUCACUUUCACCAUGGCGUACUCUAGAAAGACUUAUGAGAGUCAAGUCUGGGGCAAUGGUGUCAAGCACCUCAAAGAUGUUCAUGGACGAAUGGCUCAUUUCAUCGGAGGUAAUUUUGCAGACUACAACCUCUCCUCUGUGUUGUGGACACACCGGAUAGAUGAUCGAAAGCAUGUCAACGUCUCUGUCUGGUCUGCUCCUGGACAUUCCAAACCUCCAUUCUCUGAAGCCAUCAAUCAAAAGUACAAGCCCACGCAAAAGGGCGAUGAUUUCGGGCCUGCAUGGACAAACCACUGGUUCAAGAUCUCGUUGAACAUUCCUAAAGAAUGGGAUCACUAUGAGCGAAUCUCUUUCGAAUUCGAUUGCUCUGGUGAAGGAUUGAUCUAUACACCCGAUGGGCUCGUCUUGCACGGUUUGACAGGCGGUGCAGACCCCGGUAUGCGCCGUGCAGAAUACAUCAUCCCCCCUGAGGCGAGAAAGAGAGGCACUCUCGACUUGGUCAUCGAAUCAUCAUGUAAUGAAAUGUUUGGGCAAAGCAGAGACGAAUUGGGGAAAUCCGAUCCGAAUAGACGGUAUAAACUCGUCACGGCAGAUCUCGUCGUCCCCAAUAUGGAAGCUCACAAGUUGAUGUACGAUUUCAAAGCCCUUUGGGAAUUGACUCAGAUCAUCCCUUCCGACUCUCCCCUGAGCCGGAAAGCCGAAUGGACCGCCAAUGAGAUUAUGAAUGUGUUUGAUGCGAACGAUUUAUCGACGUUGGCAAAGGGUAGAAGGAUUGCUCAACAGGUUCUGGGAGAAGGUUGGGAGAAACAAAUUGCAAAGGAGAGUGAGAAUGCGAAAGAGCAGAAUGGAACGGUAUGGGCUCUAGGUCAUUGUCACAUUGAUACCGCUUGGUUGUGGCCAUUCUCUGUAACUCAGCAAAAGUCUGCCCGAUCAUGGUCAGCUCAACUUGACAUUAUGGAUCGAUACCCCGAGCUCCAUUUCUCAGUCACCCAGGCUCAACAGUACGAAUGGCUCGAAGAGCUCUACCCGGACUUGUUUGAACGGAUCAAGGAAAAAGUCAAGACUGGUCAAUUCCAACCUGUAGGAUGUACUUGGGUCGAAAUGGACACCAACAUGGCCUCGGGUGAAGCUUUGUGUAGGCAAUUCUUGUACGGUCAGAGAUACUUUGAGAGUCGAUUUGGGUUCCGUUCGGGAACUUGCGUGUUACCUGAUACUUUCGGCUUCAACGCACAGAUGCCUCAAAUCAUCCGAUUGGCUGGAGCUCAAGACUUCUUCACGAUCAAACUUGCCUGGAAUGCCAUCAACCCAUAUGUCAACUCAACGUACAACUGGGUCGGUCUGGACGGAAGUCAGGUCCUCAGUCACAUUGCACCCGAUAACAACUAUGGAGCGAGAGCCGAUUUCACCUCGAUCAAAGCGUCCAUGACUGGACACAAGAAUCUCGAUGUCACGGACCAAGCCAUCUACCUCUAUGGUAACGGGGACGGUGGUGGCGGUCCCCAAGACCUCAUGAUGGAAUCGCUUCGACGAGCCCGAGCUGUUGGCAAGUCCAGUGAUGCAGGAGGUCAAUUCCCACUCGUCAAGAUGGGAGGAAGUUUCGGUGAAUUCUUCGACGCCGUUCGAGCUCAAACUCAAAAUGGCGCGACACUGCCAAAUUGGAAAGGUGAACAGUACCUUGAGCUUCACCGUGGAUGCUACACCUCCCAUGGAAUCAUCAAGAAGGGUAACCGAAAGAGCGAGCUUCACCUUCAACAGGCUGAAUAUGCCGCUACUAUGGCCAGCUUUGCGGACAAAAGCUAUAAAUAUCCUUUCGAAGUUAUUGACAGAGCAUGGAAAGAUACGCUUCUGUGUCAAUUCCAUGAUGUCCUUCCCGGAAGUGGUAUCGCCAUGAUCUAUGACGACGCUCAGGCAAAGUACGAGCGGAUCGCCAAAGACCUGAACGAAGUCAUCGCCAAGGCCUACAAGGUCCUUUAUGCCGCUUCGACCUCUGACCUCGCCAGUGUCAAGCGAAUCUCCGAGGACUCUCUCUUUGCCGUCAACACUCUUCCUGGUCAAGCUAGACAAGAAGUCAUUGCUGUGCCUUGUGGACCUAAUUCGGCACUUGCAUCGGUCGUAUCCCAGUAUAACCGAGCCACCGAGACUGGAUAUGUUGUCGUCAAGAGUGAUGAGCAGAACAUUGCGGAUAUUCGAGCCGUCACGCUCGAUAAGAAAGUUCGAUCUUCUGUUUUCGCUACUCAGACCGGGGUAGACGUUUUCGAGCUCAACAAUGAGACCCUCAAAGUCACCAUCAAAGAUGGACGACUUACCAGCCUCUACGAUACCGUUUCGGAACGAGAACUUAUCCCUCACGGACAGACUGGAGGUUUCGUCAUUAUGGAGGAUUUGCCCAACGACUACGAUGCUUGGGAGGUUGAAUCUUUCCAUCUGCAAAAGCAGCGUCAUCUCAAGUUCGAAGAUGUUCGUAUCCUCGAGAACGGACCAGUUCGAACCACCCUAGGAGGAAGCAUCUAUCUCGACAAGACGCAGAUUGAAGUUGAAAUCUCUCUCGACGGAGUCAAUGCUACUUCAAGCUCGGACUCUCGAGGCAUGGUCAGGUUCAAGGCAUUCAUCGACUGGAAACAAGCACACCAAUUCCUCAAAUUUGAACUCCCUGUCGAUAUUCGAUCUGACAAUGCCACUUAUGACAUUCAAUUCGGUACGAUCCAACGUGCGACACACCGAAACACUGGUUGGGAACAGGCUCGAUUCGAGGUUUGUGCGCAUAAAUUCGGAGAUCUCUCUGAAUACGGGUACGGGGUGGCCAUCAUCAAUGAUUCCAAGUAUGGAUAUGCCGUCGAUGGCAACGUCAUGCGACUUUCUCUCCUUCGAUCACCAAAGAACCCUGAUCCAGCGUGUGACAUGCACAAGCAUGAAAUCAACUGGGCAAUUUACCCUCACGUCGGGACGUUUGCAGAGAGUGAUGUGACUCAAGCUGCCAACGCCUUCAAUGCGCCUCUGAGUCUCCGAAGCAUGACUUCCGAUUCUGCCUCUAUUCAUACCCUUGUGUCUGGCACGCCUAUCACCAUCCAAGGUGCUAGGAAUGUCUUCUUAGAGACCAUCAAGCGAGGUGAACAAGAUCGCGAUGGCAAGUCCGACUCGAUCAUCGUGAGAUUGUACGAAAAGCUCGGUGGUCAAGGUAGAUCCACACUGGUCGUGGACCCAAGCCUCAAUGUCGAAAAGGCCGAACUGGUCAAUAUCCUUGAAGAUAAUCUCGAGAAUCUAGAACAUGUUCAGAGCUCCAAAAACGGAGGAGCUACGGAGAUACCUCUUCAAUUCAGACCUUACGAGAUCAAGACUGUCAGGUUGACUCUUGGUCCUUCCUCGAAUGUCCGGGGAGGAGCCCGAAAGGACACUUCUAUCCAGGCGGACGGAUGGAUCGAGCUGUAAAAAGAAACGGGAACAGAAAAGGAGUCACUGAAGACGACUCGGGGAUAUAUAAGCUAUACCAUGAAUGUGUGUCUACCUUAAUGCGUCGAUGCAACUCUCGUCUCUGAGCCGCGUAUCUAGCUGUAUACAUGCCACGGCGCCACGUGUCACGUCCAAAGGCUCCAUGCUCCGUCAGCCUGGGACGGAAUAACGUAAUUCUCCCCAUCCUGCUCUAGCUCCGGCCUUUCGGAGAUGUCCCCCCUGCCUCAUGUCA